AACCACCAAUGAGGGAAGACGCUGAGUUGCUUAGCAACAGAACCCAAACAAACAGCCACUGCGCUCUCAUCUCAGCCAGGUGAACAGCUGGAGCUAAUUAUAUUGCUCACACACUGUUGAUGUUUGGUUCUUCCUGCGAUGGCUGAAAUCUCGACCUGUGAACCUUCUGAGCUCUUCAAUCUGCUCAACAGGUGCAGCCGUGUGUCGAGGCUGGCAGAGGUCAACUUCCUCUGUUUGCUCGAUGCUCGAGAAACUCCAGAUUACAGAAUCAGUCACAUCAUAACUGCUAAAAAUGUCAAAAUGGAUUCAGACGGCUCGUUCCUCCUGCCAGAGGCUGUGGAGGUUGACAGCAUGCAGCACGUGGUGGUCUACGACAGCAACACAAGCUGUUCACGGGAACAAGGCCGAGCAGUUGAAUGUGCUCAGGCUCUGGCUGAAGUUAGCAUCUGUCCAGUGCACAUAGUGAGCGGAGGCUUCCAGAGGUUCUCAGCUCUGUACCCUUUCUUAAGAACUGAGAAGAUCCUGUACACCAUCAUGGAGCUGGAAAACCUGAAGACUUAUCCCGUGGAGAUCUUAGCAGGACGUCUGUAUAUGGGAGACCAGAAACAAAGCGCGGACUCCAGCAUCCUCAAAGACCUGAAAAUCAGCGCCGUCAUCAGCAUCUCACAGAGCGACACUCUGGAAUCUAUAAAAGGGAUCCAGACCGUACUCAACAUCCCCGUGGCCGACUCAGUGAAGGCGGAUUUAUAUUCAAGUUUUGACAGACUUUGCAUGCUCAUUGGUUCACACAUCGACUCGGGCUCUCGGGUGCUGACAGUGUCCCAGCAGGGCAGAAGCCGCUGCAGUGCCGUCACCAUCGCCUUUCUCAUGCAACACCUCAAAUACACACUGGAGGACGCCUGGAAGCACCUGCUCAAAUGUAAACCCAGCAUGAGGCCAAACACGGCGUUUCUGCAGCAGCUGUCCGACUGGGAGCUUCACACCACGGGAACACAAGUGACCGAUAUCUCUCAACCUCCUUUUUAGCAAAGGAACUGCUUCCACGAUGAGUUUGUUAUUUUGUACAUUUUAAGGUGAAAGAGGUUGUUUUGAUGUAUUGAUAAUUAAAUAAAGUGAUAUAUACCAUAUAUAUAAAUACAUAAUACAUGCACACCCUCUUAUAUACAUCAAUCCCGUAUUUAAUCCAUUAAUUAUCCCUCAAAUGUGACUCUUAAUUUAAAGUUUCAGGAAGUUUUAAAUACAAAUUAGGCUGUAUUUACUUGCAAAGUUAAUUUACACUUAAAAAAUACUUAAAUCCAUUUUUAAUCAAGGUGAAAGUGCUCAGGUUUUGCAUUGUAAGCGAGUGUUAUCAAUUAAAAUGUACUAGAAUUAAGUGAAAGCAUGCGGAUAAGUCAGUUUACUGUAUUGUAUAGUAUCUAAUAUGCAGGUGACCUUCACAUAAUCAGCCUCUCUGUCACCUGCAGAGUCAGUUGAGCAACCUGCAGACUAAAACACUGCAGAUAAUGUAAUAUAACAUCAUCUUCUUUCACAUAUGUGUUUAAAUGCUCCCUGUAUUUCAAAAUGACUCUUCAAGGAUGUCCUGUAUAUGGACAUAGUUACCACAUGUAAGGAAACAUCUCUCUGUUUUGUAUUCACAAACAUUAUUUUAUGAAUAAAUGUCAUU